AUGCUGGUCGUUGACCAUGACCCAAUCCAUGGUUGGAAUGCGCCGCAGAUCAAACCUUUCGGUCCUCUCUCGCUAGACCCGACCUCGAGCUGCUUCCACUAUUGCCCCUGUGUAUUCGAGGGUAUGAAGGCAUACCUCGGCCCAGAUGGCAAGCCGCGUUUGUUCAGACCUCAGCUGAACAUGGCCCGCCUGCUUCGCUCGGCCGUGCGGUCGACACUGCCGGCCUUUGACCCUGAAGCCGCCCUCGAACUCAUCAAGCGCCUUGUCGCACAAGAGGCGCGCUGGAUCCCCGACAAGCCGUAUCACGGCCUUUACAUUCGGCCCACCAUCAUCGGGACGCGGCCAUCCGUCGGGGUCAUGCCCACCGACGACUACGGCCUGUUCUUCGCCGUCUGCGUCCCCGCCGGCCCCCACUUCGUUCCGGGGACAAGCCAGCCCCUCGCCCUCCUCGCCGUGGAGGACCGCGUGCGCGCGUGGCCAGGCGGGACGGGGGCGUACAAGAUGGGCGGCAACUACGCGCCCGCCUUCGAGUCGCAGAAGGACGCGAUAAGAAGGGGGUACAACCAGAAUCUGUGGCUCAUCGGCGAGAACCAGCAGAUCUGCGAGGCGGGGAUCAUGAACUUCUUCGCGGUGGUGCGGAGGGAGGAUGGGGAUGUCGACCUUAUCACGCCCGAGCUCGACGGAACUAUCCUUCCCGGGAUCACUCGCCAAUCGAUCCUCGAGCUGGCGGACGCGCACACUGCGGGUAGGACGGAGCUCCCAGGCAUCUCGCCCUCGACGAAGAUCCACACGCGCCAGCGCCUCAUCACGCUCCCUGAGCUGAGAGAGCUGAAUACGUCGGGCAAGCUGCUCGAGGUCUUCGCAUGCGGUACGGCUGUCGUGGUCGUACCGAUUGGCCGUAUUGGGUACAAGGAGGAAGACAUUGAGCUCCCGAAGUACAUUGAGGGGUACGGACCGGUGGCGAAGGGUCUUUGGGAGAGGCUCGUGGCCAUCCAAGAGGGUCGCUUCGAGUGGGAGGACUGGAGCGUGCCAUGCAUUGAGUGA